UCGUCCCGGUAGUCUUAGGAUUUUGGAUCCGCGGACUGUGUCCACACAGGCUGUGUGCAGCGUAGCUUCGGAAGGCGGGGAUGAGCGAAGGCGGCUUCCGGAGCUUUCUACUGGCCCAGAACUAGCCCCUGAAGCUUGGGCGCCGUCCCGUUGCAUGUUGGGUCCGAGGACUGGUCCAUACUUGCUCCUGGUACCACGUGAGGCCUCAGGGCUCUAAAGAGGACCAGGAAUCCCUUCAGGCCAGUUUGGUGACGCCUUGGCAGAAAUUAAGAAGGAAAACAUACCCUUCGAUGCUAUGAAGAUUGAAAUGAGUAUAAAAAUUGGUAAAGCGCCUGGCCCAUAAAUUAUGGGACACACACACAUAGACAGUCAAACCCUUUAUUCAUCUUGUUUUGACGAGAGAAAAAAAUGUUUCAGCAGUUGGCACUUGCUUGGAACUUGUCGCCCUUGCUAGAACUUGUAUGAGUCACAAUGCUGUCCUGCAAGAGAAAAUGCUUCAUCACUCGUCGCUUGCUCACCAUUUGGUACCCCUCUCUCGCAAUGAAACACAGGUGGUCGUGUCAUUCUCACAGUAGCCCAUGAACAUUGCAGAACCCCUACAUAUUCAUCGUUACUGUUUUGUACUUUUGUGCAAUUGAAGGGCUAAACAUGGGUCGCAGAAAGGUUAAGAGUGAUACUACUAAGCCUAAAAGGCAGUUAAUAAGAACCACAAUCGAAAAGAAAAAAGAGAUUGUAGCUAAGUAUGAGAGUGGUAUAGGUGUGACUGAUAUCGCUCUUAUGUUCAAAAUGCCGAGAACAACAAUUUCAACAAUAGUGAGAAAUAAGGAAGCCAUAAAAGCAGCAAGCGUUGCUAAAGGUGUGAAGUCUGUGAGUAAGCAACGUUCACAGACUUUGGAAGAAGUUGAAAAAGUGCUUUACAUCUGGAUUAAUGAAAAAGAGUUAGCGGGUGACAGCAUCUCUGAGGCAAUAAUUUGUGAGAAAGCUAGGCAAUUGCAUGCUGAUCUGUUAAAAGACAAGCCUGGAACAAGUGGUGAGAGCACUGAAGUGUUCAAAGCCAGUCAUGGAUGGUUUGAUAAAUUUAAAAAGAGAACUGGUAUUCAUAGUGUGGUAAAGCAUGGAGAAGUCAAUGAUGGAGAUGUCGAAGAGUUAGUGGAGGAGCAAAGAACAGAGCUCAGCACUGAGGAACUGCAGGAACUUCAAAAGGAGCAGCUACAGAUAGUGGCUGAGGAAAUUUCUGCAGGUGAUAAAGAGGAAAGGGAGGAAGCAUCUACUGCAUUGAUUAAAGAAAUGUGUAGUAAAUGGGUUGAAGUUCAAAACUUUGUGGAAAUGUAUCAUCCAGACAAAGCUCUAGCAAGCCGAAAUGUGGACCUGAUUAAUGAACAGACAAUGUCACACUUUAGAAACAUUUUGAAACAUAGACAGAAACAAGUUUCUCUUGAUAGGUUGUUAGUUGAUCUCCCUAAAUGUGAGUCUCCAGCAGUGUUCAGUGAAGCCAAGAGACAGAAAACAGAAGAAACCCCUGAGAAAUCUGAAAUUAUCUUGGAAGAGGACUCCGCUCCCUCUACCUCACCACCAUCCCAUUAUGUCAGGAACUCCUCUCAGUACAGGUUCUUUGGCUUGAACACAGGUUCAGCAGGAGAAUUAGACUUGACAGAACAGACACCUGUGUUUUUAGGGAGUAAAGCCAUGACAGCUAGUCUCAUAGAAGUAGGAAAUUCAUUUGAUGACCCAGCUAGUCCUUUAGUUGAUAGAUCUAGAAACUCAACAGUGCACGAUGAUGAUGAUGAUGAUGAUGUUGUGUUUAUUGAGUCUAUACAACCUCCUUCCACUUCUUCAGCAAUAGCUGAUCAAAGAAAUUUUAUAUUUGCUUCAUCAAGAAAUGAAAAGCUACAAGGAAAUUAUUCCAUAAUUCUUUCUGCCUCAAGAGAUUUGGCUUCUCAGAAGGGAACUAUAAGUGAAACCAUUGUUAUUGAUGAUGAAGAGGACAUAGAAGCAAAUGGAGAGGAAAAGAAAACUUCCAGUUUUACUGAAUGGGGACUUCCAGAAACUAAAAAGAGAACCAAAGAUGUGGAUUUCUCCACUUCCAGUCUUUCAAGAAGAAAGACCAAGACUGGAGUAGGACCUUUUAAUCCUGGUAGAAUGAAUGUGGCAGGAGACGAAUUUCAGAAUGGAGGAUUUGCAACUCAUCAUAGUCCUGAUUCUUGGAUUUCCCAGUCAGCAUCAUUUCCUCGAAAUCAGAAACAGCCAGGGGUGGAUUCUUUAGCACCAGUGGCCUCGCUUCCUAAACAGAUUUUCCAGCCUUCUGCCCAACAGCAACUUAUUAAACCAGUUAAAAUCACCUGUGCACACUGCAAAAAUCCUUUACAGAAAGGACAGACAGCUUAUCAACGGAAAGGAUCAGCUAACCUCUUUUGUUCUACCACCUGCCUUUCCUCCUUCUCUCAUAAGCGUACUCCAAAGACACGCAAUGUAACGUGUAAAAAAGAUGCACCUGCAAAAAGGGCUAAUAUUCCUCAAGUGCAGCCGAGCCAGCCCUUCCAGGAUUUCUGUAGUGCAUACUGUGUGUCUCCCUACGAAGAAAACCAGAGUCUCAGGAAAAGAAUUCUGAACAAGUCAAGAUGUACAAUCUGUAGUAAACUAACAGAGAUUCGCCAUGAAGUCAGCGUUAAUAAUGUGACACAUAAACUAUGCAGUAACCACUGCUUUAAUAAGUACAGGUUGGCUAAUGGUCUGAUAAUGAAUUGCUGUGAACAGUGUGGAGAGUACCUGCCCACUAAAGGAUCUGGAAACAGUGUUCGGGUGGUUGAUGGCCAGCAGAUAAGAUUCUGCUGCCAGAGUUGUGUUAAUGAAUAUAAACAGAUGCUAGAAACAAAAUCAAAAAAAUUGUCCAUACCAGAAAACAGAAAAAGGAACACUGUUAGAGAAGAAAAUGAAAGAAAAUUAGAUGGGUCAUUUAAUAUACUUUUGGAAAAAGUAAAGGGAAUACCAGAAAAAAAGGAAAAGACUUCAGAGUCACAGGUAUCAGCAGAGUGCAGCACAGAUGCAUCACUAACCAGACAGGAUGUGAAUUUACCUGCUUCUGUGUCCACUAUAGUUGAUACAUUUCAAGAGCAACUGGAAGAGAAAAAAUCAGAAGAUUCCACCCGAGCAGUUGUGCUUUCUACAGAUCCAGGCUCAUGGCCCCGAGUUUUGAAUAUUAAACAACGGAAUAUUCUUGUUGAAAAUGAUCCACCUCAAGUAAGAAAUUUUAACUUUCCAAAAGACAAUACAGGAAGGAAGUUUUCAGAAACUUAUUAUACACGAAUUCUUCCAAAUGGUGAAAAAACCACUAGAUCCUGGUUACUUUAUUCAACCUCAAAAGAUUCUGUGUUUUGUCUAUAUUGCAAACUUUUUGGAGAAGGGAAAAAUCAACUGAAGAAUGAGAAUGGGUGCAGAGACUGGCAGCAUUUAUCACAUAUUCUUAGCAAACAUGAAGAAAGUGAAAUGCACAUCAACAACAGUGUUAAGUAUUCAAAAUUAAAAUGUGAUUUGAAAAAAAACCAAACUGUUGAAGUUGCAAAUCACAGAGUACAUGAGAAUGAGAACAGUGAGGGUGUACUGUUGCUGUACACAUGAUAUACCUGACAGGAUCUUACAUUUAACUCAGGAUGUCUGUACCUAACAGUCUAGUACCAUUGUGUUGUGAGGCUCCUACACAGAGUAACUCAAGUGUUCGAUAGCAAUAAGCAUAAUAGCAAAUAAAUAGUAAAGAAUGUUUCUUUCCAAAUUCUAAAGCUAGUUGGAUUCAAUAGUGACUAAUGCAGGUUUCAAUAAAGGAGUUGUUAAUUUUUUUAGGCAGUCAAUUCACACCUUUUUAAAAUGGCAUUUGAUAGGUUUGGUUAAUUUUCUGUUCUGAUUCCCUUGAAAGGAGAAAAAGAUUUAAAUUUUCAAUACCAGUUUGAACAAAAUACUUGUGUAAACAAGUGUUUUUAUCAUUAUUAUUAUUAAAAUAAAAGUAUUCAGCCCUGACCUGUGUGGCUCAGUUGGGUGUGUGUCAUCGUGAAAAGCAAAGGGUCCUCAGUUUGAUUCCUGGUCAGGGCAUUUGUCUGGGUGUGUACAAGAGGCAGCUGAUUGAUAGUUCUCUCUCACAUUGAUGUUUCUCUCCCUCUUACCCGAUAAAUAUAAAAAUAAAGAUAGAUAAAUUAAUUAAAAACAUCCAGAAGCCAUUUAAAAACAGAAUGGGAUAUGAAACUGCAGCUUUUUACUGUUAAACCAAAUACUUGUGAUUUAUUUUAUUUUUUUGAUUUAUUUUUUAUCUGAGCAAAGUAGCAUCAUUUGUUAAAAUUUUAAGGUGGUUAAUUUGCAUUUUAUUGGCUCUGUUUUAAUUGGUAAAUGUUUUAGCUUUUAUUGUUAUGUGAGAACUAUAAACAAAGUGUAUACCUAUUUUUAUGUUGGUACAAAUACAAAAAAUACGAAAAUAAAAAUAUAUUAAGUUAACCUUUAGGUAUUGCGACAUUUUUUUUUCUGAAGGAGAUUUCAUGCUUGAAAUCUGAGAAAUACUGAUGAAAAUUUAGAAUCUCUUUUUUUCUGAGGUGGUCAGUCAGUGUUCCCAUGACUGUAUAUGUAGUAUAUCUCUCAUUGUUUCUGGUUUCUGAUACCAAUUUUAUCAUAUAUUAAGUUCUUACAUGUGCUUGAACCUGUCUCAAGGCUUUUCCCAGCAAAUGGAAUGGCAUAUGAGCAGAGCAAAAUGUAUUCUUAAAGGGGCUGACACUUAGAGUACUUGUUGCAUGUCGUGAGGCCUGUGCUGGAACACCCAGGGAAAUCAUUAAUUUAUGACUUUUUUUUUUUGCAGUGAUCAUGUGAGUCAGAUUUGGAUCUGAAUGGGCUCAUUUAGAUUUUUGGGUUGCUACCAAAAAUCCACUUUGCUCUCAGAGGCCCAUGAUGAUACCCUAAAAAAUAUAACAAGUUGUUCUGAAGUUCCUUUGCAAAUGGUUAAUAUACUUGUUAAUUCAUUAAAGCUUAGAGUUAAUUCAGUGACAGAUUUGUUCUGUGAUUAUAUUAGAUAAACUGUUGAUUGGCUGAGCAAAGUAAUGAAAUCAGCCAGGAGCCACUUAAAUAAUUUAGUAAGGUCGUCAAAUUUAUUCAUUGAGAAAACAAAAUUAGAUCCUUAUCUUAAAAUCUUUUUGUUCUUACUGCACACCAAUCAAGCACCAUAAACCCUUCAUGUAGUACUAAGUUAGAUGUAAAAAAUUCAAAAGGUGGGCCCUGGAUGGUGUAGCUCAGUGUAUUGAGCACGGGCCCGUGAACCAAAAGAUCACGGUUUGAUUCCCAAUCAGGGCACAUGCCUGGGUUGCAGGUCAGUUCCCAGCAGGGGAUGCACCAGAAGCAACCAUACAUUGAUAAUUUCCUUCCCUUCCCUUACUAAAGAUAAAUAAAAAUUUUUAAAAAAGAAUGCUUUUGUUUUUCUUUUCAAAAAUUUUGUCAGUUUUAAAAAGUCCACCUCAGUGUUUUGGUUCAGUAAACUUGUUUUGCUCUAUGGAGGGAAGACUGUUAAACUUGCUACCCUAAAACAUGUUUCUGUAAGGUUAAACAUGAUUUCUAAAUGUUACUUUUACUUGUGUUGUUUUUGGUA